CACCACACAUGCUAGAAUAUCUCUCCUCUGCUUUACUCUCUGUUUAUCUCUCUCACUUUCACUCCAACACACAAAUGGGCAUCAUCCCUUCGACAUUUGUUUUGUGCAAGUGAUCGGAAGCUUCCUCUGUUGAGACUCAGUGAUGACUCAACAGUUUUUAUUCAUCCAAUAAUUUACAUUUUCUUGUAUCAUUAGAAUACCACGGGUAUUUCUUUUUCUUUUUCUUCUUCAACCUCUUCCCAGCAAAGCCUUUCUUUUAUCAUUAAUACCAUGGCUGCUGCUUCUUCUUCUUCAACCUCUUCUCAGCUAAAGAACCAGGAAGUUUUCAUUAAUUUUAGAGGCAAAGACAUCCGUGAUGGUUUUCUGUCCUUCCUCUUUGAAUCUUUGAAGCAAAAAGGAAUAGAUACCUUCAAGGAUGAAAACCUUCAAAAGGGAGCAGAAAUAACACCGGCCCUCAAGCGAACAAUCCAAGAAUCAUAUAUUUCAAUUGUCAUAUUCUCCGAAAACUAUGCAGAUUCUCCAUGGUGCUUGGACGAGCUUGUUGUGAUAAAUGAAUGCAGAGAAAGGUCAGGACAAAUAGUUCUGCCAGUUUUUUACCGUAUAGAUCCAACUGACGUUCAAGAGCUCACAGGGCCUUUUGCAAAGGCACUUGCCAGGCUUUUACAAGAUCACAGCGAUAGUUCACGCAACUUUGUCGGAUGGUGCCAUGCUCUGAAAACAAUCAGCAACGACUUAAGUGGUUGGGUUUCUAAUGAGAUCAAAAAUGACCGACUUCUAGUUGAGAGAAUUGUGGAUUGUGUUUGGGAGAUAUUAAGUCAUAUGCCUUCUUCUACUAGUUACGAAGACAAGUUAGUUGGAAUUGAUUGGCGAGCGGAGGAAGUAAAAUUGUUAUUGGACAUUAAAGCAAAUGAUAGAAGAAGUGUAGGAAUUUGGGGAAUGGCUGGUAUUGGAAAGACAACUCUUGCUGGUGAAGUAUUUACCCAAAUCAUGGCUAAAUUUGAUGCCCAUUACUUUGUUUCAAAUGUCAAAGAACAGAUACGAAAGAAAACAGCAAUUGUUGUACGAGAUAAAAUCAUUCGUGCAUUGCUGGGGGACGAAAAUUUAAAACUAGGCACACCUUGUUUAGAUACAUGGAUUGUGAGAAGGCUGCGACGUAAAAAAGUUCUUAUUGGUUUUGAUGAUGUUGAUGACCCAAAAGAGUUAGAUGAUUUAGUUGGGGAUUGUUGUUUAUACCGUGAGGGAAGUAGAAUCAUUAUAACUAGUACAGAUAAACAAGUGCUUCAAAGUGUUUGUGAAGAAGAGCAUAUUUAUGAGGCUCAGAAAUUAAUGGAUCAUGAAGCUCUUCAACUCUUUAGCUUGCACGCUUUCCAUCAAAAUGACCCUAAAGAAGGAUAUGUUGAGCUAUCCAAGGAGGUGAUAACUUAUGCCGAAGGUAAUCCGUUAGGAAUAACAGUUUUAGGCUCUAGUCUUUAUCGCAAGAAGAUAGAAGAUUGGGAGAGCCAGUUGCUCAAAUUGAAAAGCAUUCCAAACAAGAAGAUUCAAGAUGUUCUAAGAGUAAGUUAUGAUGGAUUAGAUAGACAUGAUCAAGACAUAUUUCUUGAUAUUGCAUGUUUCUUUAAAGGAGAACUUAAAGAUGAAGUUGAAAAUAUACUAGAAAGUUUUGGUUUUUUUGCAAGAAGUGGAAUAAGGAAUCUUGUUGAUAAAUCUCUCGUAACCAUUUCAUCAGGAGUAGUUGAUAUGCAUAACUUGCUACAACAAAUGGGAAAGGAGAUUGUCAAUGGGGAAUGGAAACAGCCUGGAGGACGCAGUAGGUUGUGGAUGUCUGCGGAUAUUUCUCAUGUAUUCAAAACAAAUACGGGAACUGAUAAGAUUGAAUGCAUUUCGCUUGACAUGUCUGAGAUUGGACCUAUUGAGCUGGAUUCCACAGCUUUCAUGGAGAUGCAUUAUCUUAGAUUCCUCAAAAUCUACAAAUGUGAUAGCUCAGAAAGAUAUAUCCUUCCCACUGGCCUUGAUUUUCUUCCACAACUUUUAAGAUAUUUAUAUUGGGAUCAUUACCCUUUGAAAUCUUUGCCGCUGAAGUUUUGCCCGAAUAAUCUCGUAGGACUUCACUUGCCUCACAGCCAGCUCAAGCAACUAUGGGCGGCAGAUGAUAAGCCUCUUGGAAAUUUGAAAGUCAUGGACCUCAAGAACUCUGAGUCCUUAAUAAGAAUUCCAAACUCGUUUGAAGCUCCAAAUCUUGAGAAAUUAUAUUUGAGCAAAUGUGAAAGUUUAGUUGAGAUUCCUUCAUCUCUUGAAAAUUCAAGUAGGCUUGCUCUGAUAGACUUGGAAGGCUGUGAAAGUAUCUGCAGUUUGCCAAGCUUCAUUCAGUUAGAAAAUCUUGAGUUUCUCAAUCUUAAACAUUGCUCAAAACUUGAAGAAUGUCCAGAGGUUCCUUGCAAUAUAAGGUUUUUAUAUUUAAAUAGAACUGCUAUAAAACAAUUGCCUUUAUCAAUCGGACAUUGCUCUCGACUUGUUACUUUGUCCUUGUGGGGUACAGAGCUCGAAAAUCUUCCAAACUGCAUUGGCAAGUUAAAGAGUCUCGUGCGACUUACUCUCGUUAAAUGCUCAAAAUUAUCUUGUCUUCCACAAAGCAUUUGUCAGUUAAAAUCUCUUGAAGAAAUUGAGGUUACAGAUUGUUUGAAACUCAACGGAUUGCCAGAUAACUUAGGAGAUUUAAAAUCUCUGAUGAAGCUUGCAGCAGCAGGAAGUGGCAUAAAAAUAUUACCAUCCUCUAUCAAUCAAUUGAGCAAAUUGGAAUAUUUAUGUUGUGAGGGAUGUAAACGUUUGACGACAUUGCCUCCUUUGUCCGGUUUGAAUUGCCUGAGGAAUCUUUUUCUGAGUAAGUGUAGUAUAUUGGAAAUUCCAGAGAGUAUUGGGUCAUUAAUUUCAUUGGAAUCGUUAUAUUUAGAUGGAAACGAUUUCAAAAGCAUACCUGCAAGCAUCAAACUGCUUUUUAAGUUGAACACACUUCAGUUGAAUGAUUGUAAGAGGCUAAGAAAUUUACCGCAACUUCCAUGCUCAAGAAUUUUUUCUGCAUCAAAUUGCAUCUCUUUAGAAUUUGUAUCAUGUCCAUUCCUUUCCCUGGAAGAUGAAGAUGAAGAUGGAGAGGCAUAUGUGGAGCAUGAUGAUUUUCUCAAAAUGGACGGUCAAUGUCUUGAUUUUAGUAAUUGCAUCAAAUUGGAUGAGAAUGUACGUAUCGAAAUUAUGGAAACCCUAUUGUCUGCAUAUCCAGAAAAAGAGGACUUCAGAUUAUGUAUUCCUGGGAUGGAAGUUCUACACAGCAUGAGAUAUCAGAUGAGUGGAUGUGGAUCUCAUAUUUCAUUCGAGCUGGAGAGAGAUGAUGAUAUUUUGGGUUUCUGUUUUUGCUCUGUUAUUGAUCCUAAGCUUCUUAAUUCUCAUCAAAUUUUGGUUUCAUGUCGUGCGAAAUUCGAAGAUAAAUCUGGAAAUAUCCAUGACUUUCAUUUUCCAGGCGUGUGGGUAAUGCAUAAAUUAGAUUCAGAACAUGUGUUCCUUUGGUACCAUUCUUUCGACUAUAAAAAGCAUUUCUCUCAGGCCUCAUUCCAGUUUGUUAUUGAAGAUGGAUAUGAUGAUUACAAUGUUAAGGGAACCAUUAAGUGCGGUGUUCAUCCUAUAUCUUGGGAACAAUAUACGGCGCGAUUGGUUUCGAAACACGAAAUUAUUAGAACCGAGAAGGGUGGUAUUUGGGAGAACAAGACAGAGACGGUUUGAAACAAAUUAACUUUGGAAGAAAAAAUCGAGAUAAAGUGAUUAAGUUUGAGUAUUUCCUUUUUUUUAUUAAUUAACUUUAAUUUCGCAAUUAUUGUGAGAUAAUUAUUUUGUAUUGUUUGUAACAUUUCGAACCAUAUCUCGAUAAAAAAAUUGAAACAAAACUAGUUUUUUUUUUUAA